AUGAUAAGUGAAAGUCUGGAUGUAAACAAUGUCGAGAAUUCAGAGUGGGUAGAAACUGUAGUUGUCAACGAACACCCAGUAACAUUUCAGUUAGAUACAGGGGCCAAAUGUAAUGUGUUGUCGAGGAGACUGUAUGAAAAGUUGAACAACAAGCAACUACAGCCAUGUAAAACACCGCUACGUUCAUAUUCAGGGCAUCAGAUAAAGUGUAUCGGAACAACACAUAUGAUGUGUUCCUAUCAAAACAAGCCUGAACAGAAAGUACAGUUCUAUGUUGUUGACAUGAACGCUCAAGCAGUAUUAGGAGCUUCUACUUGCCAGGAACUAGGUCUCAUUAAACGGAUACACUCAAUACAAACUUCAGCAGGAAAAGUACCCGCAGGGAUUGAUGAAGGAUUCGAGGACCUAUUCUCAGGACUAGGAUGCUUGCCAGGAGAGCACUCCAUUAAGCUUGAUAAAUCUGUUACGCUAGUAGUACACCCCCCAAGGAGAGUACCUAUAUCGCUCAGAGAUAAAGUCAAAGAUGAACUGGACCGCAUGGAGAACCUGGGAGUUAUAGUAAAACAGGAAGAACCCACUGAAUGGGUUAACUCCCUUGUGACAGUCCUGAAACCUAAUGGGAAACUGAGGUUAUGUAUUGACCCGUGUGAUCUGAAUAGAGCUAUACAACGAGAGCAUUUUCCACUCAAAACUAUUGAGGAGGUGGUUUCAAGGAUGCCCGGAGCUAAGAUUUUCAGUAAAUUAGAUCUUACUUCAGGAUUUUGGCAGUUAAAAUUGGACGAGUACAGCUCAAAGUUGUGUACCUUUAACUCUCCAUUUGGAAGGUACCGGUUCACCCGGCUGCCCUUUGUAGUCAAGUCAGCCCCCGAAGUAUUUCAACGGGUAAUAACAGAAAUGGUAUCAGACCUUGAAGGGACAGAAGCCAUAGUUGAUGAUAUAUUGGUAUGGGGAACCACCAAAGAGGAACAUGAUCACAGGCUACAGAGAGUGCUGGAACGGGCACGCGAGUACAAUGUAAAACUUGGCCAAGACAAGUGUGUAAUAGGUCAGACAGAGGUCACCUAUGUGGGACAUUUAUUGACUAAGAAUGGGGUGAAACCUGACCCCGAGAAGGUGAGAGCAGUACAAAAUAUGGAGAAACCAAUCAAUGUAAAAGAGCUCCAAACCCUAAUGGGUUUCGUGCAGUACCUACAUAAGUUUUUACCAAGACUAGCAGAGGUCAGUGCACCACUACGAAGUCUUUUUGAGAAAAAGUCUGAAUGGCAUUGGGAGAAACAACAGGAAGAAGCGUUUCAAACUCUAAUACAGAUGGUUUCAGCUGCACCUGUACUACAGUUCUAUGAUAGCAGUAAACCACUUACCCUCUCAGUGGAUGCCAGUAGCAAAGGGCUAGGUGCUGUUCUGGUACAAGAGGAAAAACCGGUCGCAUAUGCCUCGAGGGCACUCACCACUACACAGCAAAAAUACUCACAAAUAGAAAAAGAAACGUUGGCAAUUCUGUUUGGUUGCGAGAAAUUUCAUGAAUACGUGUAUGGGCGACAAGUUACCGUGGAGUCAGUCCACAGACCCCUACAGGCAAUAUUCAAAAAACCAAUUCUACAAACACCUCCGAGGUUACAGAGAUUGUUAUUAGCUAUGCAACGUUAUGAUGUGGAAGUCGUUUACAAGCCAGGAAAGCUCAUGUUUUUAGCAGACCAUCUGAGUCGUGCAUACUUGAAAGAAACAAAAGAAGUUUUGGUUCCAGACUUACAGGUUAAUGAAAUUCAUCUGACUGCAUAUUUACCUGUUUCACCAGAGAAAUACAAACAACUCAAAGAGGCUACAGCUACAGAUGAUGAGUUACAGAAGUUACAGGAUAUUGUUCUGUACGGAUGGCCAGACAACAAGGUGGACGUACCAGCUGAGCUACGUUCAUAUUGGACCUUUCGCGAUGAAAUAUCGUGCAUUGAUGGGCUCAUGUACAAAUCUCAUAAACUCGUAGUGCCCAGGUCUAUGAAAAAAGAAAUGUUGGACCUUAUUCACUCUUCUCAUCUUGGUGUAGUGAAAUGUAAGAACAGAGCAAGGGACAUACUGUUCUGGCUAGGCAUGUCACGAGACAUUGAGGACCGAGUCAACUCAUGUGAGAUAUGUGCCAAGCAUAAUAACGCAAACCAUAAGGAGCCAAUGAUCGCGACAGAGUUGCCCAUUAGGCCAUGGUCUAAAAUAGGUGUGGACCUGUUUGACUACAAUAAUGAAUCGUACCUACUGACCGUGGAUUAUUUUUCAAAAUGGCCAGAAAUUGUGAGACUUGAAUCUACAACCGCAAAGUGUGUCAUCAGUCACAUGAAAAGUCAAAUGGCAAAGUAUGGUAUACCUGAUUUAGUAAUCAGUGACAAUGGACCCCAAUUUGCUAGCUUUGAAUUUAAACAGUUCUCACAGCAGUACCAGUUUGAACAUACUACUUCAAGUCCACAUUAUCCACAGUCAAAUGGGCAAGCUGAGAGAACGGUUCAAACCGUCAAACGCUUACUGAAGAAAUCAAAUGACCCAUAUCUGGCCUUAUUAGAAUAUCGGAACUCUAAUAUUGAUGAACUUGGACUUUCACCAGCUCAAAUGUUCCUUGGAAGAAGAUUGAAAACUACAAUACCGACGUCAUUACCAUUACUCAAGGCUGAAGCAUUUGAUAAGGUGCGGGAACAACUGGUAAAACGCCAGAAAAAACAACAACAAAGUUAUGAUCGACAUGCCAGUGGAGGUCUACAACCACUGAGCCCUGGAGACCAGGUCCUGCUACAACAACAUCCAAAUACAUGUAGAUCUGAAUGGAAACAUGGAACAGUAAUUGAGAAACAUAAGACCCCAAGGUCCUAUGUAAUCCGAUCAGGAAAUCGGGCAUACCGGCGAAACUGCAGACAUCUACGACCAACCAGGUCAAAGGCAGACUUGGACCAAGAACCAGCUGACCUUAAUUUACAUUGCUGGCCGCCCAGUAAUCAACCGUCCAAGCAAACUUUGGCUACAAAAACAUCCAUCCAGGAUAGCAAUAUGUCACAGGAAACCCGUCAGGCCGUGCAAAACCAACUUCCACCUACAUCAGUUUUGGAUAGUCCACGCCUAUCCAGUUCUGGAAGGAUUAUCAAAACGCCAGCAAGUUUCAAAGACUUUGUUCAAUAG